UCCAACAUGACCACCGCCCUGCCUAUAAUACCGCCGCGUCCAGCAGGCAUCCAGCGCCCCAAGCUCCAGAUUGAUACACAGCAGUCGCGCACAUUUGGAAAAGGCGCCAGCUUGCGACUCGAAACCUUGAGCGCCAUAUCACCGACAGUGCGCAACACCUUUUCCAACGCCUACCAACAGCAGCAGCAGCAACCACGACCGCAGCCGCAACCACAACUCCUCCAACAACACCCAGCACCACCAGCACCGCCACAGCCAUCUGCUGCGCCCGCGCCUGGCCCCCGGCGCCCCGCCAAGCCACAGCUCUCACUCGACAGCAACCUCACCAACACGAGCAGUGCCUCGACGCCAAGCUCAGCCUCGACCCUCUCCUCCACUCUCACGUCAGCGUCCAGCGACUCGGCCACCACCUCCAUACCCUACAAGCAGCCCCACAAUUUGACGUCGAUCCUCGCCAACAGCCCUGUCAAGUCGAUUCUGCCCCGCAAGAUGGCGUCUUCAAGGCCCAUGUUCCCAGCAGAGAAGCGUGUCUCCUUUCGCACUCCGCUGGAAGAGCACAUCACUACUGUCAAGUACACUCUCGCCCACUCAGACAUUAGCUCUUCCACCUCCACACUGCUGUCUCUCGCAAGUACACAGUCGUCCGACUCCGACAUCUCAACCAUGAACCUCUCAACAACCUCCGACUCAUCUUUCCAGGCACCCACUCUACUUGUGCAGCCGCCUUGUGAAAAGACAACUUCUGCCAACUCAACUCUGGAGAGCCCACCUCGGCCAAAGGGCCCGCGGGCUGGAGACAAGCGAGACUCAUCCUCCUCGGAAGACGAUAGUGACUCUUGUCCCGAAACCCCUGUUGCUGGGCGACGCAAACUCACAAGAGACUGGCGGUGGACUCUGGCUCCGCUUUCUGGAGAUUCUGGCAAGUCAACACCGUCAACAAGCGACGCUGGGACGAGUGAGGACAGCAGUUGA